AUGCCAGCAAAGGAACUGAACAAAAUAUGCAUGGAAUGCAAGGAUGCUGAAUUCGAGCUCACUGUCCGCAAGAGACAGCUUUGCAGCUCAUGCUUUAGGCGUUUUAUAGCACAUAAGGUCCAGUCGCGUUUGAGCGUCUACAGAGCUUUUGGCCUAGAUGGUCCCAAACACCAGUUGCUUCUCCCUGUGUCUCUCGGUGUUUCCUCGUCGGUUUUGAUGCACAUAUUGAACUCUGAUCGACAGAAUCGCCUGAGUAAUGGUCGCCCUCUGGGAUACGACUUCAAGAUCUUGGUAAUCGAACCCUCAAGUAUUGCGGCUACAGGCGUUCCCUUUGACAAAAACUACGAAGCUCUUCAGAAGAACUUACCGAUGCACGAUAUUACUCGGAUACCUUUUCAUAGCAUCUUCGACUAUGUCCCGGAGGUGAAGGAGAUUUUGCAGGAAUAUGCAGGUUCAAAAUUCAUCGACGACAGCACUCAGUCGAAUGAAGAGCGGUUAGCUGCCUUCCGUGCAUCCAUUGCCACCCCCACAUCCAGGACCGACGUCGACAGUGUUUUGCUGACCAGACUGGUCGUUGAAUUUGCGAAGAAGUCUGGAUGUGAAUCUGUGAUGUGGGGUGACUCGGACAGCCGUCUUGCUGCGAAAGCACUUGCGGGUGUCGCAAAAGGGCGUGGUGCUUCCCUCACCUGGCAGGUAUCCGACGGCAUGUCUCCUUGGGGCGUGAGGUUCGAGUAUCCGCUCCGUGAUCUGUUCAAGGCUGAAUUGCUUCAAUAUGAGAGUGUCUGUGCCGAGCUUUCUGAUAUUGUCAUACCCGAUCAACCGCCCUCCGAAAAUGUUCUUACCAAGAACCUUUCUAUUGACGAGUUAAUGCUACGAUAUGUUCAGAACCAAGGCGCAAAGUAUCCUGGUGUCAUGGCGAAUGUGGCCAGAACCGCGAACAAGCUCAAUCCCUCUACUUCUGGUAGUGCACCAACUUGCGCUCUUUGUGCUAGUCUACUGGGAAAUGUGAAGGGUAACUCCGGAGUUACUGUCGCAAACCAGGCAGAGGAUAACCAUAGCUCUCAAUUCUGCUACGGAUGUAUGCGGUCACGACCCGAGGAGCUUUGCUAA